AUGGCAAAUACACAACUCAUGCAAGAGGAACUACAACAAAGCGUAGUAUUAUCCGAAGAGGAUGCCGAGUUUGAGGAAGAUCUACCAGACGACCCAAUGAUGGUAGAUAGCAGCGCCCCCUUGCCCUCGGGCAACUCAGGAGAUUCAGCCCAUAUAGUGGCCAAUCAUAUUGUACCAAGCUACAGUAAUGAUAAUACUAUAGGUGCCAACAUGGUACUUGUAGACGAAACAGCUUCACACUACAACGCAGGAGGAUUGGAUGGGAUGCCAGCUAGUAGUGGUGAAGCUAGUGAUCACGAUGGUGAGACCUCGGUCAGCGAUGGCGACGACAUCCAUGAUGAGGAUGCCUCUGAUGUUGACGCAGAAGGAGAGGACGAUGACGAUGAUGCUGCACAACGUCACAUUAAUCCAAACGCUAAUUCCAGCGAUGAGGAUGAUGUAGCGGAAGGAGCUGCUGACGAAGACGAAGAUGAAGACGAAAACGAAGGUGUUGGCGCCGUAAAGAUCAAACCCGGUGAUGAAGAAAGCGAUAGUGAUGAUGAUAUCAGCCUGGGGUCAGGCUCCACUCGGGAAUCAACACAAGAGUGGGAAGAAGUCGUCGAAAAUGAUGACGAAGAAGAAGAGGAAGACUCUGACGCUGUUGACCCUAAUAACUGCAUGUUCUGCAAAAAGGACGAGGAACACGAUCCGGGAGUAGAAUUUGAGGCCUACCUUACAUGCAAGAAAUGUGGUGAACAUGCUCACCAACAAUGCGCCCGCGAAGAAGGAGCACUUGUCGAUAUAAAUGAUAUAUCGAUUUGGAGAUGUCCAGACUGUGCUACUAAUGAUUCAGGAUCAGAUUCGGAAGCGCAUUUUGAUCGUGAGAACGCAGAAGGCGAUCACGAUAUGGAACUAGAUGGUGCCGACGAUAGUGAUUUAUCCCCUACUGCAACCAGUCUAUCAACCGCUCCUAAACUUGCCCGAGAUCUACUCCCUUCUCAUCGCGGUAUGAACAAGCCAGAUUCCCACUCUGUUUUUAAGCAGUUAGUACUCGACGAAGACCCUAUGGAUGGCUCGCGAGUCCUACGAAAAAGGAAGACGUCGUCACCUGAGGCGGAGGUAGAUGUAGAGGAAGUAAUGUCGCUACGUAAGCGAAGAAAAAAUACUUCUGAUGAAUCUGCCCAAGACGAAGUUAUACAGGAGACCGCAAAUUCGGCAGAAACAUCAAGUAGACCAAGGUCAGGGCGCUCCCUGCGCCACAAGGCAUCAAGCUCAGAGGCUUUAUGCACGAUUAUUAAGAAGUCACGCUCCAGUCUGCUGGUAAAGAUGCGAGUGAGUGCUACGGAAUUACAUAAACUUUCACGCAGCUCAAGAGCCCGGAGAAAACGAGCUGGGCGGGGAACUACAUCCAGAUCAUCUCGUUCAUCCAGAAAUGUCACGUCAACACGAACCGCGGCUGCUGCUGAACCACCCCCAAUGACACCAUUCUUUCCCUCCAGCUAUUCUCAGCCAUUUUACUCAUUUUACGAUAAGGAGCCAGACGAGCUUAAAGGUAAGCCAUACGGUGGCAUCCUAAGCGAGGAACAAGCGGAUACGACGAAGACGCUACCCACUAAAGAUGACCGGCGACGAUUUGAUGAGGCGAAACAGAAGGCGGAAGAAGAAUGGAGAAAUAGAUUGCUUGCUAUGCAAGCCGAAGCAGAGGUACCGGUAAAGAAGUCACGAAAGGCUUCUGGUCCCGCAAGCCAGAUUGAAUGUAUCGAAUUUGGCGGCUGGGAAAUAGACACCUGGUAUGCUGCACCAUACCCCGAAGAGUAUAGUCGCAACCGAGUCCUAUACAUUUGCGAAUUUUGCUUAAAAUAUAUGAACUCGGAUUAUGUUGCCUGGCGACACAAGCUCAAAUGCGCCGCAAAGCACCCUCCUGGUGACGAAAUAUAUCGGCAUGGCUCAGUUUCCUUCUUCGAAGUUGAUGGCCGAAAAAAUCCAGUAUACUGUCAAAACCUCUGCCUUCUAGCCAAACUCUUCCUCGGUUCUAAGACGCUAUAUUACGAUGUUGAGCCGUUCCUAUUCUACGUCCUUUGCGAGUACGACGAUCUAGGCUAUCACUUUGUGGGCUACUUUUCCAAAGAAAAGCGUGCGAGUAGUCAGAAUAAUGUGAGCUGCAUCCUCACAUUGCCCAUCCACCAGCGAAAAGGUUACGGCCAUCUACUUAUCGACUUCUCUUAUCUUUUAACAAAAGUAGAGGAGAAAACCGGCUCUCCUGAGAAGCCGCUAUCUGAUAUGGGCCUCGUGUCGUAUCGAAAUUAUUGGAGAUUGGUCAUGUGCAAGUACCUCAUUGAACACAUGCCUGAAAACCAGUUGCAGAGGAAGGGCUUGAGCAUUAGGCAGAUAUCAGACGAUACAGGAAUGACCCCGGAUGAUGUUAUCUCGGCCCUCGAGGCACUCCGCUUCCUCGUUCGGGAUCCCGUCACUCAAGUCUACGCGUUCCGGAUUGAUAUUUCCUACUGUCAUAAAGAAGUUGCGAAAUGGGAGGCGAAGAAUUACGUGAAGCUAAUUCCUAAAAAUCUUACGUGGAUGCCUUAUGUCAUGGGCCGUAGCAACGCUACAAAUUUCGAGUUGGGGCCAGCUCUUAACACGAUCGCUCCCCGCGAAGAGGACGAAGAGGUCAAAGCUGUCCAGACCCUGGCAGAAAGCGGCAUUGCGACUGGAGAUUUUGCCAUCCCGCAGCCUACCAACCAAAAACCGCCUCUGGGCGCCGAAUCAUCCGUCCUCGAAUCGACGGAACCAAAUGAUAAUGCCAUUAUCGAGCCUCCUGAGGAUAUAAAACCUAAUGGUAUUGGCAAGGAAAACGCAAAUACUUCUGCAAGCAGGUCUGAAGACCCAAGUAUUUCAGUUGGUACUACUGCUCCUGCGAAUAUUCCAGACGACGAAAACGAUUGGCUUAAGCCAUACGAUACUAUCCCAGCCAACAGAUUCCAAGUUUUCCCGCCAAUAAAUAACAGGCGCACGGCCAUUUCACGCCUCAACUCAGGUAUUGCUAGACCGCCGCCUCUGCCGCGUAUCCCACCUCCAAGCUCGCGACGCGCUGUACGGCCCAAAGCUCGUCGCUCAACAGGCGGCGCUGCUGUUCGGAAGUCAGCUCAGAAGACAACUUCAGGUAAACGUAAGCCUGGCGGUACCGGCCGUGGUCCCGGUCGAUGGCCAAAGGGUACCAAGAAGAGUGAUUAUGGCAACGCGGAUAGCGGUCCUGGUUUACCACCAGCGUGGGUUGAGCGUAAGCGACUGGCAGGUCUAGCAAUUACAGAUGAAAACGACACUCAAGACACAGUCCAGGUGCAAGUCACCGAAGCCAGCAAGAGUCAGAAGGGCAAGCAAGUCGCAUCCUUCUCUGCCAAGUUCGAUACUGCCGAUACUGCAACCAACAGCGGAUCCGCAUUGCCUGGCGAUGCUGACGUCGAUGUGGAUAUGAGCGGAGUUGGUAGCUACCAAGAAGACUCAGCAGAUCAGGCAGCUAUGAAGCGCCCGAACAUGUUGAACUUAGUAAUGCCGGGCCGCGUAAUCUCGACGCUAUUCCUCUUGGCUCUGCAUCAUCUUCUCAUCGCACCCGUCGUCGCAUACACGGCAUUAUCGGACAACUUUCUUAAAUUGGUCCCAUCGGGAGGCAAUGACUUUGAUAUUGAAAAGGGUAAGCUUCUGGCACCAGUUUUAAUCCCGCGAGUUCCAGGCACUCCGGGUCAGGCUGCUGUUCAAAAACAUUUCGUGGACUUCUUCACAAACGAAUUACCAAAAUGGAAUAUCGAGUGGUAUAACUCAACCUCAAAAACCCCCGUCUCAGGGAACAAAGAGUUACCAUUCGCGAAUCUAGUAUUCAAGAGGGAGCCGCCAUGGGUCAAAGAGGGACAGUCAAAUCUGUUGACGCUCGCGGCUCAUUACGAUAGCUUGAUUACCCCUAAAGGGUUCAUUGGUGCUACUGAUAGCGCAGUGCCUUGUGCUAUUCUCAUGCAUGCUGCGAGAUACAUCGACAAAUUUAUUACACAGAUGCACGAUGAGAUGUCUGCGCUUGGCGAAGGAGGGACUGUGGCGAUGGAUAUGGGCGUACAGAUUAUUUUGUUCGAUGGUGAGGAGGCAUUUCAGAGGUGGUCGGAAUCCGACUCACUCUAUGGAUCCCGAGCUCUAGCUGAGCAUUGGGAGAAUUCCCCUCACCCAGCAAUGUCAUUUUACCGUAACCCGUUAGAUCAGAUUAGCAUGCUUGUGCUUUUGGACCUUCUCGGCGCGCCUGAUCCAACCGUGCCGUCGUUGUUCCUGCCAACGCACUGGGCUUAUAAGGCUAUGGCCACUAUCGAGGAUAGAAUGCGUAAGCUAGAUCUUCUUGAGUCGAAACCGAAGCGCCCCUUUCUACCAGAAUCGGAUAAGAAGCCGACUUCUUUUCGAUCUCUCUACAUCGAGGACGAUCACAAGCCUUUUAUUGCUCGUGGAGUGCCAAUUCUACAUAUGAUUGCCUCGCCGUUCCCCGAUGCGUGGCACAAAAUGGAGGACGAUGGUGCUCACUUAGAUAUGCCAACCGUGCGUGACUGGUCUAAAAUCGUCACAGCUUUUACGCUCGAGUGGUUGGAUAUGAUGGAAGUUGAACCUACGGAAGCUACCAAGGCUCCGGUGCCAGGACAAUAG